AUGGUCCGAGGGCUGUACGUCAUGGUCGGCCUCGAGGUGCAGGCCGGGGACGGGCGGUGGCUCGCCGUCCAUCCCGAGCCUGGCACCUUCGUCUUCAUGGCCGGCGACCAGUUCACGGUUGUGACGAACGGGCGGGUGCCGGCGUGCGUGCACCGCGUGAGGACGCCGCCGGGCGGCCGCGAGCGCUUCUCGGUGCUGCUCUUCAGACGCCGCAAGGGCGAGGGCGAGGCCGCCGUGCUGAACGCCAUGGAGGAGCUCGUUGACAAGGUCCACCCACUGAUGUACAGACCCUGCAACCACGAGGAGUACAGGGCGUUCCGUUACUCGGAGGAAGGGCGCAGGUUGUGCGAGCGCGAUCCGCUCAAGGCUUUCUGCGGGGUGGAGAAAGAUGAAUCCAUGGAAUGA